UUGGUAUGCUAGCUACAUUGAAACAAUCCGAACAACUCGAGCGCUCCAACAUUUCUUUCUUGUUUUUUUGGUACAUUGUAGCGCCGCAGCACUUCAAAGCGGAUUCGUUAACGGUUCGGCGUUUGUGUUGGUUCUCGCAACAUUGUUUCCCGGAGAAGGUUAACGGACAGAGCGCGAGAGUUUGUUGGCGUGUAAGUUUAUCUCACGGUACUUCAAAGUCGGCUUUAUAAAGGCAAGUGUGUAGUGUAGUGUAGUGUAGCGCUCGCGCUCCGGUGCUGCACUGCUUUCUCUUUAAAAGAAAGCAAUGUGUAAGAAUGCACGCAUCGGUUCGGAUUGAUCCGGACCAGCUAACGGUUUUACAACCGAUGGCUAUUUAUGCAAAAACUGUAUAUUUUUAUAUAUAGCGAUGCUUAAGUAACAUUUUGGAGAAUAUGGCUCUUUGGACCUGCUGGAGCAGUGCGUGCAAUUACUAACGCACUGGUUCCUGUUCUGGUUCCGUUCCUCCUCAUGGACUUUUCCCCAUUUUUUUCAUGCAAAGAUGUUUUUCUUCUUCUUCUUUCCGUGUGAGAGAAGCCCGGUUGUAUGCCUUUCAAGCGUGCAUACCGACACUGAUUCAGAUUAAAGCACGUUCACACGUUCAGGUGAAAGCUACACGUUGGAUAGGAGGUAGUGAGGUAAGUGCAUGAGAAGUAAAAAGUCGCCCACAUGCUCUGGCUUUGGGAUCUGGAUCGGAAAAGCGUUGAACCCUUGCAGGCUGGUGGAAGAUGGCCGUGCUUCCCAGUAGGAGCGGGUGAGAGCACAACCUCAGGGCGCGUUGGAUCUAUCGACCCGGACCGAAGGACACAUGCAGGCCAAAAAGCGGUAUUUCAUCUUGUUCUCCGCCAGCGCCUGUCUCGUACUGCUGCUGUAUCUCGGUGGGGCGCAGAUCGUUGCAGGGCCCCCAGGUGGCGGCGUUGGCAGCGGCCGGCAUGGCCUGGAACCUCGCUGGCCCAGGUUCGUCGAGCACCUACAAACUUUCCGGACGUUGGAUCGGACGGAAAACGAGGACGGCGUCCCGACGUCGCCAAGGGACAAGAGAGACGCUGUUUCCGGCGUGUACAAGGGUCGGAUGUGCCGCAUGGACUCGUGCUUUGACUUCUCGUUGUGCAAGAGGAACGGCUUUAAAGUUUACGUCUACCCUCAGGAGAAGGGCGAGAAGCUCUCUGAGAGCUACCAAAACAUUUUGGCUUCGAUCGAGAGCUCGAGGUUUUACACGACCGACCCGGGCCAGGCUUGCUUGUUCGUCCUCAGCCUCGACACCCUGGACCGGGACCAGUUGUCCCCGCAGUAUGUCCACAACCUGAAAGCCAAACUCCAGAACUUGAACCUAUGGAACGAUGGCAGGAAUCACCUGAUCUUUAAUUUGUACUCGGGGACGUGGCCGAAUUAUACAGAGGAUCUGGGGUUCGACAUCGGCCAGGCCAUGUUAGCCAAGGCCAGCAUCAGCACGGAGAACUUCAGGCGCAACUUUGAUGUUUCCAUACCUCUGUUCUCUAAAGAUCACCCAAGGACAGGAGGGGACAGGGGGUACUUGAAAUACAACUCCAUCCCACCGUUUAGGAAGUACAUGCUGGUAUUUAAGGGGAAACGCUAUUUGACAGGGAUCGGUUCGGAUACGAGGAACGCCCUGUACCACGUCCAUAACUCUGAGGAUGUGGUUCUGCUGACCACCUGCAAGCACGGCAAAGACUGGCAGAAGCACAAGGACGCGAGGUGCGACCGGGACAACGCCGAAUAUGACAAGUAUGACUACAAAGAAAUGUUGCACAACUCUACCUUUUGUCUGGUGCCUAGAGGACGCCGCCUGGGCUCCUUCCGCUUCCUCGAGGCUUUACAGGCCGCCUGUGUUCCUGUGGUUCUCAGUAACGGAUGGGAGCUCCCCUUCUCCGAGGUCAUUGACUGGAACACGGCUGCCGUCAUCGGAGACGAGAGGCUGCUUUUACAGAUCCCCUCUACUAUCCGCUCCAUUCACCAGGACAAGAUCCUUUCGCUCCGGCAGCAGACGCAGUUUCUUUGGGAGGCGUACUUUUCCUCGGUAGAGAAGAUCGUGCUCACUACACUGGAGAUCAUCCAUGACCGCGUGUUGCAGCACCUAAGCCGCAGCAGCGUGAUGUGGAACAACCUGCCCGGAGGUCUCUUCACCCUGCCGCAGUACUCCACCCACCUGGGACACUUCCCUUUCUACUACGCAGCGCUCGGUAUCAAACCGCAGCAGAGGUUCUCGGCAGUGAUUCACGCUGUAACGCCGCUGGUGUCGCAGUCGCAGCCCAUUUUAAAGCUGCUAUCAUCUGUGGCUAAGUCCCAGUACUGUGCUCAGAUUAUCAUCCUGUGGAACUGUGACAAGCCUCUUCCUGCAAAGCAGCGCUGGCCAGCGACCUCUCAGCCCGUUGUCGUGAUCGAAGGCGAGAGUAAGGUGAUGAGCAGCCGUUUCCUGCCCUACAGCACCAUCGUAACAGAUGCCGUCCUGAGUCUGGACGAGGACACGGUGCUCUCCACCACCGAGGUUGAUUUCGCCUUCACUGUUUGGCAAAGUUUCCCAGAGAGGAUUGUGGGAUAUCCAGCCAGGAGCCAUUUCUGGGACGUCAACAAGGAGCGCUGGGGCUAUACCUCUAAAUGGACCAAUGACUAUUCGAUGGUGCUGACCGGAGCUGCUUUCUACCACAGAUAUUACAAUUACUUGUAUACAAAUUACCUGCCAGUCAGCUUGAAGAGCAUGGUCGACCAGCUAUCAAACUGUGAAGAUAUCCUCAUGAACUUCCUCGUGUCUGCUGUCACCAGGAUGCCCCCCAUCAAAGUCACGCAGAAGAAGCAGUACAAGGAGACCAUGAUGGGACAGCAGACGUCGCGAGCCUCUCGGUGGGCAGACCCGGACCACUUCGCCCAGCGGCAGACUUGCAUGAACAAAUUUGCCAGCUGGUUUGGCAGCAUGCCUCUCGUGCACUCCCAGAUGAGACUGGACCCCAUUUUGUUCAAGGACCAGGUGUCUAUACUGCGCAAAAAAUACAGAGACAUCGAAAGACUCUAACCCGGAAUUAAUCAGAAAUACCCGUUUUAUUCACUGUAGUCGAAUCAGCUCUCAGAGCGAAAGCGGUCCUCGAGUCGUCGUUCAAAGCACAGAGUACAAGUCUGACAGAGAGAGCCUUUAAACGUAUGUAAGGAAGUAAGCGUCCUGCUGCGGGUCUUCACAAAACUACCGCUUUCUACAAAAUGCCACAAUCGAUCCGUCACAUUCUUAGUCCGUGUUCUGACAUUUUCAAAGAUCUCUUAAAUACACGAACGUGCCUUCCUCGAGACACUCCUGCGUUGUUUUUCCUUCGCGCUUAAUGGAAAACGCUCGUGUGCUCCCAUUCCUGUGUCGUCCCAGUCAGAUGGACAUUUCCUGAUCCAGUACCACAUGAUAGAUUUUCUUUUGUUAGUUUACUUUGUCUAACACUGGAUUUUUUUUUUUUUCUUUUUUUUUUUUUUUGGUAUUAUUGCAGUAUUAUGCUGAACUGACAUUCCUACUCGUUUCGUAGGAAAACAUGGCUGUGAUGUCUCGGAUAAAGUUUUUUUUUUUUUUUUUUGUUCUGUGACCACACUUCCUCUCUGUGCUCUUCUUUGCUCAGUAUGGACACCGAUGUAAUUCACCGACAUUAUUUUACACAGUUACAAACAAUAAUAUUAGAACAAAUGAUGGUUUUGUAAGAAUGGUUUUAUAAAAAAUAAAAAGGAAUAAAAACUAUUUGCGUACA